AUGGUUCGGAGGAACUCAUCGAAGGUUAGACGUAUGGCUCGGGAACUGUCGGACGAUGAUCGGAUCACCCGAUUGCCAGAUGGUGUGAUCCAUCACAUUUUUUCGUUCAUAGAUACUCGAUCUGUUGUUCAAAGUAGUCUUCCAUCACAAAGCUGGAAAAAUACAUGGAAAUCGCACCCGCAUUUGAACUUCGAGAUCGGUCCAUCUCCCGAUCAGGUAAGUGGGUCUAAAUUCUCCAAUUUCACGCACCGCUUUCUAUCUAAGCGUGAUGACGUUACGGAGCUUUCCGCCAUCGAGUUCCGAUCAAAUUCAAUCACUCUUCGGCUUCUUAAAAAGAUCAUACUCGAUGCAAUGUCGCACAAGACCCGGAAGCUAAAGAUUGAAUUCUCGGGUGAUAAGCUAACAUGA